CUGUUUUGCAUCCCGAUGACGAGAAGUUGCUGGAAGAAGAUACUCUCACACCACAGGAUUCUAAACGGUCAAGGCACCACAACUUGGUCGUCCCCUGGCUGAAGAAGACCGAGUACAUUGCGACCGAGUUCAGUCGAUACGGUCAGACGGGCGUCAACACUGAGACAAAGGUCGGCUACAACGUCAAGAAGCUGUUCAAGGAGGAAGACUUAUACAUGGACAGGGAGAGCCAAAUCAACGCCAUCAACAAGACCUUUGAAGAAGCUCAAAAACCAAUUGAAGGCCAUUACAGCAAGCCCAAUGUUCGGCCUGUGGAGGUGCUACCGCUGUUCCCCGACUCGGACUUAUGGAAAUACCCAUUUGCACAAGUCAUGUUUGACUCUGACCCUGCACCCAUCACGCAAUUGGAAGAAAUGUCUCAGGCUAUGAUCAGAGGUGUGAUGGACGAGAGCGGAGAGCAGUUUGUCGCCUACUUCCUCCCGACCGAAGACACCAUCAAGAAACGGAAAAGGGAUGCCGAAGAGGGCAUGGAUUACAUGGACGACGACGAGUACGAGUACCGCAUGGCUCGCGAGUACAACUGGAACGUGAAGAACAAGGCGUCCAAAGGCUACGAAGAAAACUAUUUCUUCGUCUUCCGAGAUGACGGAGUGUACUACAAUGAGCUUGAAACGAGAGUGCGGCUGACGAAGCGUCGUCUCAAACCUGGCGUCCAGCCGAACAAUUCGAAGUUGGUGGUGCGACACCGACCGCUCAACGAGAUGGAGCACAAGACACAGCAAGCCAGGCUCACCCAGCUGGAGCAGCCUCAAGAAGAAGAAGAGGAAGCAGAGGAGGAAGAAGAGGAAGAGGAGGAGGAGGAAGAAGCAGAAGCGGAAGCCGAAAAGGAAGAGGAAGCUGCCGAGGAGAAAGGCUCGGAAGCAGAGUCGGAGGCCGAGGAGGAAAAGUCCGAGGAGGAGAAAUCCGAGGCGGAGAGCGAGGCGGAAGUGGAGAACGGAGAACAAAGCCCUGCCCGAUCGAGGAAAAGGUCGGCUUCGUCGUCGUCGUCCGCGUCUUCGUCGAGCGAAGAGGAAGAAGAGGAGAAGAAACGCCGUGACGAAGAGGAGAUCUUCGGCAGUGGGAGUGACAGUGACUGAGUGUGUGCUGGUGACGCUGCAACUUUUUUCUACCACGCUGUACAUAAUGCUUUUUCUGCUACCUCACCUUAAUAAAUAGUCUCCC